UGAACUCCGGAGAUGCGGCAGGUGGGGUCAGAGGGACAACUUCCUACCUGACACACGAACCCUUUCAAUGCCUUCCUUGAAAAUCUUCCUUUUCCUUGUGGGAUCGGUUCCAGUGCCCCUCCACCAACUCCGAGUUAUUCGACUUAGCUGCUCGCUUGGACUACACCUGCUGUACUCAAACGAGGCUCGCAAAUACAUAGCUACUGACCUCCAGAUACAUCAACUAGUCGCGAGGCUCUUCGGACCAAACGGAAAUUGCUGGCAGACGAAGGGAACAAGAGCACUAGCAAACGUACAUAAACUCCUGGGAUAACUCACUUGUAACGUCGCCUUCGUACCAGGUCUUCCUGUUUUUCUGCUAUAGGGAAUCCCUCCUGCCACGUCGCGUACCGGAUAAGGAUG